UUGGGUAUUUUGAUAAUGGUUUAUUUUACAUAUUCAAUGUAAGCACUUGCAAUAUUUGUUGUACAUGUACAUGUUAGAUUUAAUUUGUAUGUGUGGGGAUUGAUGACAUAGUAUUAUGUAAGAUGUGAUGGGUUGUUCAAACAAUGUUUAGCCGACAAAUAUAUUAUGAUAUAAGAUUUAGGUAACAAGCAUUAACACAUAUUGUCUAGAGAUAGGAUGUGUGAAUCUUAAUAAUUAAGUCUCAUUGUUCUGAUUACUAAUGGUAUUAACUAUGGCAUACCAUAGCCGAUAUAAAUAAGCCUAGUUUGGAAAACAAGAGAAGACGAGGGCAGAGAGAGACGUAGAGUACUUGCCCUCAGACCACGAGGCAAGGGGUCUGCCCUUGGACCCCGGAAAUAAGGUUUUCGCAGACCUGAGGAACAAGAGCCAGAUAGAUUUCACCAUAUGUACCUGUAAAUAUGUUAUCCAGCAUUAUCUGUACCUGUAAAUAUGUUAUCCAGCAUUAAAGUAUAUUUCUAAUAAAAUGAGUUUAUGUAUUAUGUUACAUACUCAUAAGUGGUGUUCGUGACCAGUCGAACCUUAGAUGGGUCAAAGAUCAACGCAAAGUCCUGCAACUAGACGAUGAACGGAAGAAGAAACUGAAAAAGUAAACUAGGAACUAGACGAUUAUAUUUUACAGUCCUCGACGAUCAAGCUCUGAAGAAGAAAAGACGAGAUCGCCAACAGUAAUAAUGGAUCUGGAGACAAUGGAUAGAGAAAAAGAAACCCAGAGAAGAAAUUUGUACAGGAAUCCUUUUAAAUCAACGUUGAUUCUUGAGGUUGGUGAUAGUUCUCAAUCCACUAGUACCCAAUCCCCCAGCAGGACGACCGCUUCGAUGAAUAUUCCAAACAGUCAAUCACCACCAUUAGCACAGGUCCGAACGAAAGAAUUAAAAGUACCCACUUUCAAGAAAAACACUAAAUCAAAGAAAAAGAAAACUUCAGGUGUAGGAAGAGUAGUUACUUAUAGCGCACCACAGGGGAAUCGAUCGGAUACAACUAACUCCCCAAAAGCUUCACGCCAAAUACCAUCUUUUUCUAGCAAUGCUCUUGCCCACCAGAAGACUCUGCCGAAGAAGUCGUGCAAGCAUAAUGUCGUCUCGAAGAAUUUACUAACUCAGAGUCUGAAGCGUUCUUGCUGCAUAGCAACAGAUCUCAUACCAGCAUCCGCACCAACUAACCCCAUCUCAAUCAUCAGCACUCCGAGGACUCCAACAAAGCCACAGCAAUUCAACCCAGUAAUAGCAACCACACCAAACACUCCUGUUAUACAUCGAACACCCGUAAGGCAGCCAAUCGAUAAUUUGUUGGUCUCAGCAGUACCACGUUACUCUGACAAUAUUCCGAAGACUCCAACAAAGCCACGACGAUAUAUCCCUACAAUGCCGACAACACCAAAGACUCCAACAAAGCCACAUCGAACCACCCCGUCAUUGCCGACUACACCGAAAACUCCCAUUAUACGUCGUCCAAAUGAAGCUCUUUUUAAGCCAUGUACAACGCCUAAUAGACAUCAGCGGCGACCCGAGGUACAGCAUUACCUCCAAUCCAAUAUUCCCCAAACACCCAAAAGAGGUGGUGUGAAGAAUGGACGUGUGAUGAAGAGGCACAAAAAUAUGAACACGUCUACUCCAAAGUUUAUGAAAUUAAAGGCAUUAAACGCUUCCCAGAAAUCAUUCACCGAACAACACGAGAUUCUGAGGUACCAAUAUCUGACCAAGUCGCCGUCUAUAUCUGGAAUCGUUCCUAACACGCCACCUCAACAUCCCGUUCCUCCCAAAAAAUCUAAAGUCUACGACUUUCCAGUUUCACCAAUCAGAUUGGACAAAGGUUUACCACGCCUAAAGGACAAGAGGAAUAUGGAUAAAAAGAAAUUUGUUAAACAAGCCGUGAUACACACGAUGAGAAAAGUUUUGAUUGAAAUAGCAGAAUUUAGAAAACGACGCCAACGAUUGUUUACAUAAGGUAUAUCCAAUUAGUCUGAGUAAUAACGGUGACUCAGCGAAUUAGGCGUUGUCUCACUGACCAGGUUAUCCUGGGAUUCGAUCCUCGUGUUGUAUACGGUUGUGACAAAUAAAUCUAUACUGACCCUCGUG